UACCACUGCUUGUAAGGACAUAAAGUUCCCGAAGUGCGGCGGAACAACACGGAUCAACUGUUGAUUCUGCUGACCUGUUGUGCGGGAAAUACCUGUGGUGCAUGAAAGUGUUAACAACAGUUGCUGCUAGUGAUCUUCAACUCGGUGUUCUUCAAUACGUUUAGUUGCAUAUAAAGUGCGGCAUGUGGUAGUGACUCAACCUGUGCAAAACUUUGUUUAUCUCGCAUUCUUGUUGAUAUAGAUAAGUUACUAAUAUUUAGAGCGAUUUUCAAGCAACAGUGCUUACUGACCAUGUAUCGAAUAAAUCUGACCACGUUCACAUUGCUGUUAGUCCUCGCGGUAGGAAGCAUGAUGUCGGAGUCACUGCAUCCGUCAGACGGGGCCAUCAAAGAUUUGUACGAAUAUCUUUUGCAAAGGGAAUACGCAGCACCGGUAUCAUAUGCCGAUCACCAAAUUAAAAGAAAAGCAGUUCGAUCUCCUUCGCUGAGGCUACGGUUUGGAAGGCGAAGUGACCCGAGCGUACCGUUACGCCCAGAGGAGGAUGAGCUGAUCGACCAAAAAGCAAUCCGUGCACCGCAGCUACGCUUGAGGUUCGGUAGAAAUGACCCGCUCUGGACAUCAUUUAACGAAAAUGCUUUGCUCGAAGAAAACUUUGAAAAGCGAGCGCCAUCCCAAAGACUGCGAUGGGGCCGUUCGAACCUGUUCGGAAAUCUGGUCAAUCAGUUCCAGCAGGACGACGUUAUGCAGCAAAAGGCGAUACGGGCACCGCAGCUAAGACUACGCUUCGGCAGAACCGAUCCAUCCUGGGCCAUGUACAAUGAACAUCAGCUUACUACUGGUCAGCAAGCACAGCCGGUCAAUGAGGCAAGUGAAAAACGUGCGCCAACGCAGAGGCUUCGAUGGGGCCGUUCCGAUCCAGCACUAGCGAAAGACUCCUCGGAGGACAAAGCGCUAGAUGUGGAGGAAAGUGAAAACACCAACGCUGAUGACAAGUAAACAUGCACGGUAACUACCUGAAACCCCAUCCAGUCGUCGUCAUUUGCACACGCUCGUACCGGAACUCUCCUAAUAAACGUACUUCAGCAUGAAAAAAAAGAAGCGACGUAUGCGACACGAAACCUUUUACUACUGUUAUGGACUGUUUAUGCCAGACUCCUUAUUAAAAGAAUACACUGUUGUCUGCAAUACACCAAGAAUGUGUCUGGACGGUUGUUGUUUGUUUUAUCAUGAUCUAAAGCAUUUAUUUCGAUCGAGACGACCCGGACGAUCCUUGCGCCGCGAUCGUCGCACAACACAUCAGAACAGAAUAGCACAUUUUCAUCGAACAAUUACAUAUUACUAAUAGCAAAUAUACCUUAACAAUGUCGUUGGCUACAGCGGACAAAUAGCUAGCGCUGUUAAAUCGUUCUGGCAAAGAUUGUUGCACACAGACGAUUGUCUUUACUCCUCUUUCCAUUUGCGAACCAUUGAAAAUGCUAAUCUGUUGGAACUUUAUUCUUUUCUCAGCGAAAAUGCAACAGAGUUCCAACAGAUUUCAUUAUCCUACCCAGCCAACAUAGAAAAAAGAAACACAGCAGAGCAUACACAAACAAAACUGCAUAAAACAACCACCUUUAACGGAUGAUUACCUUACGGCUCUUACGGUAAAAGUUUGUUCGAGAGCGCCUGUCUAUAACACCGAGAUACAAGUAACAGGUUACGUUCAAGAAAACGUUAGAUAAUCGCACAUAUAAACAUCCCACAGCAACAGGACAUAAAGCAACAAAGAGUGAACUUCAGUUUUUGCAAGCUAUUUUGCUUCAUGAAAUUGUGGUUAAUCGUUAAUGCAAAAGUUGAAUGAACAUGCGUGCGUUAUCAUACACGUACACUCGUUACGGAAAGACGCGUUAGAAGCGAUGGAAACAAAUAUUCUGCACUCUAAACCAUGCGCUGCUGUUACGAUUCAUCCACAAGCCAAUCCUAAUCGUAUACAAUGCGAUAUUUUAGCAGUAUUUACACAUAAAAUUAAUGGUAGCAUUCAUGAAUGCAUUCUGUGAAAACUUAGCUGAGCAUAUUAAUAAAGCAGUGUACUACAUAUUUUUAAUGCAUCUCCAACCGACCGUGAAAAGACAAAACUUACAAUAAUGAUGUGUAUGUAAAUAUAUUUAUAAACAAAUAAAAUAUUACCUAGCGGAUACAAAUAACAA